CACAUUGUUUACGUAAAUUGUUUGUUGCUCUAUUAAUUGCUGAUUGUUUAAGUAGACCAGAGGAGGUUUGGGAAAAAUGUUGGGUUUUUUUAUCCGAAGAUAUCCUCCACAAACAACGCGUGAUACUUAAUCAUCCAGAUCUUACAUUAUCAGAUGAAGAAUUGAAGAAUUAUGCUUUGUAUGAAAUUCAAAAGAUGUUACGGAGUUGUGGAAGGAGUUUAGAAGAAUUCCACAGCAUGACAUGUCCUGAUAAUAGAUUUUUAUCCAAUAAUACCAAUCGGUUGGUAUAUGAUGAGUUGAAUUAUGACCGAGCAACAUUGGCAGAGGAGCACAAAUAUUUGCUGGGUAAUCUAACUGCAGAGCAAAGAAAUGUCUAUGAUAGGAUAAUGAAUGCAGUUGAUUCAAAUAGGGGUGGAGUCUUCUUUGUGUAUGGAUACGGUGGAACUGGAAAAACUUUCGUAUGGACGACUCUUUCUGCUGCUAUACGUUCUAGAGGAGAAAUAGUAUUGAAUGUUGCAUCGAGUGGAAUUGCAUCCCUGUUGCUUCCAGGAGGUCGAACUGCGCAUUCUCGGUUUAAAAUUCCAAUACAUCCCAACGAAGAUUCUACGUGCAAUAUAAAACAAGGUAGCGCUCUUGCUGAACUUCUGAUCAAGUGUAAGCUUAUAGUUUGGGAUGAAGCUCCAAUGGUCCAUAAACAUUGCUUUGAAGCUCUAGACCGGACUCUGCGUGAUAUUUUGCGGUUUCAGAAUCCAAGAAGUCAUGAAUUGCCCUUUGGUGGAAAGACAGUAGUGUUUGGUGGAGAUUUCAGACAAAUCCUUCCUGUCAUACCCAAGGGAACGAGACAAGAUAUUGUAAAUGCAUCCAUAAAUUCUUCCCAUUUGUGGCAACAUACAGAUGUCAUGCGUUUAACAAAAAAUUUGAGGCUUCUUCAUUUGCCAGCUGAUGACCAGUCAGAAUAUUUGAUCAAGUUUUCCGAAUGGAUUGCAAACAUUGGAGAUGGCACCGUGGGAGGACCAAAUGAUGGGUUUGUGGACAUUGAGAUUCCAGAUGAGUUUUUGUUAAAAGAUUUUGAUGAUCCAAUAGCAAAAAUGGUUGAAUGCAUUUAUCCUUCCUUUGAUGUUAUUCAUGAAGAUCCCAGUUAUUUAGAAAAGAGAGCAAUAUUGGCACCCACUCUCCAAGUUGUUGAUUCCAUCAAUGACUACAUGCUUUCCUUAAAUGGUUCUGAGAUGAAAACCUAUCUUAGUUCUGAUAGCCCAUGUAAAUCAGACUCAAAUCCUGACUUUUUAGCAGAUAUCCAUACUCCAGAAUUUUUGAAUGGAAUAAAAGCUUCGGGAGUACCAAAUCAUGAACUGCAUCUCAAAGUUGGAACACCAGUGAUGCUAAUGAGAAACAUUGAUCAUUCUCAAGGGCUAUGUAAUGGGACUAGGAUGGUUAUUACCAGAUUAGGUAAACAUAUUUUGGAAGCAAAAGUUUUGACAGGGUUGAGUGCAGGUGGGAAGGUUUUGAUACCGAGAAUGUCCUUGACUCCAUCUGAUGUGAGAUUGCCUUUCAAGUUUGAAAGAAGACAGUUUCCUUUGAUUGUCUCAUAUGCUAUGACGAUAAAUAAGAGUCAAGGACAAUCAUUGUCCAAUGUUGGGUUAGUCUUGAAAAAACCUGUUUUCAGUCAUGGUCAGUUAUAUGUUGCGCUUUCACGAGUCACUAAUCCCACGGGUUUGAAAAUAGCUAUAUGUGACGCAGAUGGG